ACUUCGUCAACUGUUUUCUUUCACACACAAAUACUUGUGUGUAUAUAUAUAGUUGGCAAACUUUAAGACUUACAAACGAACAGAAGUGUAUUAUUGUGUGUGAAUUAAAAAAAAGAUAUUUAAAAGAAGAGAAAAUGGAGAGCGAGUUGAAGGAACAGAUAUCAACACCGGUGGGUGGCGUUGAGGACGUGUACGGUGAGGAUUGUGCCACCGAGGAUCAGUGCAUCACUCCCUGGACUUUUGCCGUUUCUAGUGGCUACAACUUGUUGAGAGAUCCACGUUACAACAAAGGGCUUGCCUUCACCGAGAGAGAAAGAGAUGCUCAUUACUUGCGAGGCCUUCUUCCUCCUGUGGUUUCCACACAGGAACUUCAGGAGAAAAAACUUAUGCAAUCUAUUCGCCAAUAUGACGUCCCUCUGCACAAAUAUGUUGCCUUGAUGGAAUUAGAGGAAAGAAAUGAAAGGUUGUUCUACAAGCUUCUUAUUGAUAAUGUAGAAGAGUUACUUCCAAUUGUCUACACUCCAACUGUUGGUGAGGCGUGUCAAAAAUAUGGAAGCCUUUUUAAGCGUCCACAGGGUUUAUACAUCAGCUUGAAUGAAAAGGGAAGGAUCCUUGAGGUAUUGAAGAACUGGCCUGAAAAAUCAGUCCAGGUCAUCGUCGUGACUGAUGGAGAAAGAAUUUUGGGACUUGGGGAUCUUGGCUGCCAGGGAAUGGGGAUACCCGUUGGGAAAUUGGCUUUGUAUGCUGCACUUGGAGGAGUCAGACCUUCAGCGUGCUUGCCUAUAACCAUUGACGUAGGGACAAACAAUGAGAAGUUACUGAACGACGAGUUCUACAUUGGUCUCAGACAAAAGAGAGCAACUGGGCAGGAAUAUUAUGAAUUGCUUCAUGAAUUCAUGACAGCUGUGAAGCAAAAUUAUGGUGAAAAAAUUCUCGUACAGUUUGAAGAUUUUGCAAACCACAAUGCUUUUGAGCUGUUGGCUAAAUAUCGUACCACGCAUUUGGUCUUCAACGAUGAUAUACAGGGGACAGCUUCUGUGGUGCUUGCAGGGCUUAUUGCAUCCCUUAAGCUACUUGGAGGUGCAUUAUGUGAUCAUACAUUCUUGUUCCUCGGUGCCGGAGAGGCUGGGACUGGUAUUGCAGAACUGAUAGCACUUGAAAUUUCAAACAAGACAAACACUCCCGUGGAGGAGACACGAAAAAAGAUCUGGCUUGUGGACUCAAAGGGUCUUAUUGUUAGUGGUCGCAAGGAAACACUUCAAUCCUUCAAGAAGCCUUGGGCACAUGAACACGAACCUGUCAACAAUCUACUAGAUGCUGUUAAGGCCGUUAAGCCAACCGUCUUAAUUGGGACAUCUGGAACUGGAAGAACAUUUACGAAGGAAGUAGUUGAGGCCAUGGCAUCCAUGAAUAAGAGACCUCUGAUUAUGGCUCUCUCAAACCCAACCUCACAAGCUGAAUGUACUGCUGAAGAAGCUUAUACUUGGAGUGAGGGUCGCGCUGUUUUUGCCAGUGGAAGUCCAUUCCCUUCUUUUGAGUACAACGAAAAAACCUACUUUCCUGGCCAGGCAAACAACUGUUACAUAUUCCCUGGAUUUGGUUUUGGUUUGGUCAUGUCUGGUACAAUCCGCGUGCACGAUGACAUGCUUUUAGCAGCUUCGGAAGCUCUGGCUGCUCAAGUAACCGACGAACAUUAUGCCAAGGGAAUGAUAUACCCUCCUUUUGCUGAUAUCAGAAAGAUCUCAGCUCACAUAGCUGCUAGUGUUGCAGCAAAAGCAUAUGAACUUGGUGUGGCAACACGUCUCCCUCGACCUGCAGAUUUGGUGAAGUAUGCUGAGAGUUGCAUGUACACUCCUAAUUACCGAAGCUACAGAUAAAUUGAUUAUUUCGCAGGUGGUAAUAUUGUAUGCACCAGGGAUUUAUAGUCCGUUUCGACCUGCCUUUAUUGUAAGCUUUUGUUGUGUAGUAAAACUUUCCUUUUUGCCGUGACUCGAGCAGUAAUCGGGUUUAUUGUGUAGUAAUCUUGUAGUUGAGUGUCUUGGCAUGCUGCCAAAGUAGUUUGUUUUCAUAGCCAUAAGAGCUAUUAGAGGGGCCUCGAAGGUGAAUAAAUCGAGUUGUCAAUGUUAUACGGAAUUUGAUGUCAGAUCUUUGUAUCUGAAUCUACUAUAUUGUUGUAUCUUUCACUUUGAAGAAAUGAAAAACACAAAAAGAUGUACUUUACAUUCUGAAAAAUGAAAAUAUCAAAAAAGAUGUACCUUUUAUGUUUU